AUGGAUAAUAUGGAUACCUAAAAUAACAAGAGAUGUAAUUAUUAGAGGUUAAAACAUCAAUAGUUUACUCAAAAAUAUACUUUUAACUGCUAGGAAAUAUUAUAAUUGUCCUACUAUGGAGGUAUGUAACUUGAAAAUGAAGGAGGAGCUGGUUCUUUAGGUUCUCAUUGGGAAUAACUACUUGUUUAAAAUGAAAUGAUGAUGUCUAGUGAUGUAAUUACGGAUGCUUAAUUAUCAGUUCAUACUAUUGCUUUAUUAAAAGAUACUGGUUAUUUUGCUGAAGUAAAUGAAAACAUGGCUGAUAACCUUUAUUGGGGUAAAGGAAAAGGAUGUUCAUUUGUAAUGGAAGGAUGCUAUAGUAAACAAAAAUUUAAUGAGUUCCCAUCAGAACGUAAAAUUUAAUGUUCUUUCGAAAAUGAUGGAUAUGGUGAACCUACUACUACUCCUUUCUUAGAUAAUUGUAUGAUGAAAAAUGCUGAUGAUGUAUUAGAAGUUUAUGGCUUUAAUAGUAAAUGCUUUACCUCAACAAGUGCUAAUGGAGUUAAAUUUACAAAUGAUAGUUAAAGAAGAUGUCAUUAGUAUUAAUGUUCUCCUGAUUUGAGAUCUAUUACUAUUAAUUUUCCUUAAAUUAAAAGACAAGUUAUUUGUACUAAAGAAGGAUCAGUUAUGCAAAUUGUUCCUAAUAAUGAUAGUUUUGGUAAAAUUGCUUGCCCUUCCUCAUUUAUUUAAUUCUGUGAUUCAGUUCCUAUAUGUAUAAAUCAUUGUAGCUAAGUGGGUGUUUGUGUAAGAGGAAUUUGUUUAUGUCUACCUGGAUGGGGGGGAAUUGAUUGCUCUGUAAAAUGUAAUUAAGUAGUAUUUAACAAUCAAUGUGUAAAUUAAUGUCCUUAAAAUUUAGUAAUUGGUCCUGAUAGAAGUUGCUAAACCAAUUGUCCUAAUGGUUAUUACAAACAUGGUAAUAUAUGCUAAUAAUGCGAUGCAUAAUGUAAAAGAUGUAAUGGAGGAACAGCUAAUAAUUGCACAGCUUGUUAAUUUUUGACACAACUAAAUAGAAACGGUUAAUGUGUUCCAAUAUUUAAUUGAUAGGUAGUAUAUAAUGA